AUGGAUUAAUUAAAUUCAUGGGGUUAUUGUAAUCCAACUAAUUGGGAAGAUAAACUUCCAAAGCCAUAUAAAUUCAUUAACAAAAUCUUAAAUACUAUGAUACUUAAUGAAGUCUAUAACAAAGUUUUCGAAAUUGAAAAAUAUCGUUCUGACCCAAACUAUGAAGGACAAUUAAGAACACUACCUCCAUAAGGUGUCUUUGAUAUUCCUUAAUUGAGUUGUGUGAGUCGAGAUAGUUCAAGCAAUCUAGUAGCCGCAGGAGAUACCUAAGGAAAUCUGAUGAUAUUGGACUUAAGUAAAAAACUAAGAAUUGCCAAGAAAGAAACUAAUGGGAAAAGAAUACUUAAAGUGUGUUUAAGCAGUAGAGAUUAAGCAAUAGACGAUUACAAGAAUGUUUGUGUGUAGAAAGUCAUUACUAAUUUAGGAUUGGAGUUAUUUAACAUAGUGAUCCAGCCAUUAGAAAAUAAACUAUUGCUUCACCAUACGAUUACAUUAUCAAAGGACAAGAAUGCGAUUGGUGAAUAUCCCGUAGAUGUAGACAUAAGUUAAUAUUCUUAAUAUAUAACUGUUACAUAAUAUAAUGGAAGUGUUAAAGUGUUUAGAAUCCCAGAUUUAAAGAUAGAUCAAUAAUCAAACUCAAGCCAAAUAUCAAACAACAGUGUGGGAGCACAGAGUCCAAGACACUUAUAAAGUCAAUUCAAACCAUCACCAAUAAAAGGAAAAGACUAACCAAUAGUGCCUCCUGUUCAAUAAUAGCAGAUCCUGGCAUCCCCGAUGGAUAUCUCAUGUUCUGAAUUGACCGAUUUGGUUUAUUAGGUGAAGUUCAAUGGAAUAAAGAAAACAUUGGAUUAUAAUGGAAUAAUAGCUAAAAUUAAAUAAGAUUUGACUACCCCGAAAGAGCCUCCUCCUGAAGAGAAGGUUGAUCCUAAAAAGAAGGCUCCAGUUCCGGCAAAAAAGCCAGUCGAAGUAGCACCUGUACCAGUUGUAGAGGAAAUACUUUAUGAUGAAAAUGAAAAUAGUGCAUAUCCAAAUGAUGAUGCUUAUCCUGUUCAGAAAUACCGAGCAAUUGUUGAAUUUAUUGUGGAAAGAUUUAGUGUUCAAAAUGGAAACAAAACAUUUAAUUCAUACAAGUAGCAUGAAUGUGUUACAGGCAUAGUUGUUGGUUGGACUAAUACAACAAGACUUGAAUUACAUCGUUUUACUAGUGCUAAGAGAUCAGCACUUCCAGAGUACUUAAGUGCUUCUUUCGGAUUGCCAACUUAAUAGCUAUUUAAACAAUAAGCAUCAGUUACAGAAGUCUAAAUUCUUUACCCUUUGAGUUGUAUGGCAAUAUCCAAAUCAUCGGUGUACUUGGCUGCUGGAUUAUAAUAAGGGAGUGUGUUUGUUUAUGAUUUGAUUUUGGAAUAAGAGAGGUUUUAUUUAGAUAAGCAUAUGUACACUUGUACCCAGAUUUAAUUCUGUGAUGAUAAUAGAUUGGUUUCAUCCUCAUACGAUGGAGGUGUUAACAUUUAUGAUGUAAAGGAAGGGAAGUUGUUGUGUAAACGAACACAUUAAUUUAGAAAGGGAAGUAAAAUUAAAAUGGAAGAGCAAAAGCAAGGUCUGUGGAGGAUUAUUGGAAUGAGUGUUAGUCACACUGGAGUGGCAGCUGCUUUGGAUGCACAAUAAGAAGUGAGGAUUUAUGAUGUCUGGCACGGUGAAAAAAUAGGGAAACUCACUCCUUAAUAAGUUAUGGAUGAUAAAUUGAGACAAUGGGUUUAGGAUAAAGCAUUAGUUGCCUGUUAUAAAAAUGAAAUUUUAAUCUCAGCUGACGUUUUACAGGUUAAUCAAUAUACUACUUUACAAAUUUUUAAAAUAUUUGACAAUUUGGUCAAUUUGUUUCCAGGGUUAGCCAAUAUUUAUAGAAAGGGAAUUGAAAAAGAUAAAGUCAUGAAUCUAUUUGAAAAAAUACCUAAAAAUGAAUUACAAAAUCCUUAAUUUGAUAUUCCCAAUCUAUAGGGGAAUCCAAAUAAUUAAUUGAGAAUCCCGGGAUAAGAAAAUAGACCUAGUCAAUAAAGAGGUAGCUAACAAAGAGGCAGUCAAUAAAGAAUUGGAUCGCAACAUGGUUCUCAUAAAAGUGGUAAAUUGCCUCCUGCAGCCCCUUCAAGUAUCAAAGGAGGUCCUGUCUCACUCAUUAAUUCAUUGCAUAAAUCUAAUCAUUCAGAUUAACAGGUUGAUUUUAAUUCCUCUUUCAAAAGUUAUCAAGCUUCUUCAACUCAUAGGCUCUCAAAACAAAAUUCCAGAAUAGCCAUUUUGACUAAAGAAAUGCUUCAUCCUGAAUAGUUCUUAUUAGAGAAGGACAAAACUUCUAUUCCACUUUUAAUCAAGGAUGACACUAGCAUGGUUGAACAUUGCCGAAGUAGAAAUUCUGAACGAUUGGUGAGAAUCGAGAAGGUCAAUAAUAUGAUCUUAAAGGUUGGACAAUAAUUGGCUUAAGAAGAGGAAAAGAAGAAGCUUUAAGAGCGUCAUCGCUAAUUAUCUUCUGCCAAAUGA